CGUCCUUCUCUUAUUUCCUCUGAUACUGGUGUGGCUUCCUACUUUCACAAACAUCCACCAUAUCUCGUCAAAUUCUUGCAGAACCUGGUGCUUGUGAAGGUUAAUACUAGGACCACAGACUCACCAUGGAUGAAGAAUAUGACGUUAUCGUCUUAGGAACCGGCUUGAAGGAAUGUAUCUUAAGUGGUUUGUUGUCUGUGAAUGGCAAGAAAGUCCUUCACAUGGACAGAGAGAAGUACUACGGAGGUGAAACAGCAUCACUCUCACCCCUUAAUAUGUUGUUUGAGAAAUUUGGCAAGAAAGAAGGUCAUGACAAGUAUGGCAAAGAAAGGGACUGGAAUGUUGACUUGGUGCCAAAGUUCCUUAUGGCAGGAGGUGAACUAGUACAAAUGCUUAUCCUCAGUGGAGUGACCAGGUACCUUGAGUUUAAGAGCAUCAAGGGCAGUUAUGUUUUUAAAGGUGGAAAGAUUUAUAAAGUUCCUGCAGAUGAGAAAGAGGCCUUGGCAACCAGUUUGAUGGGAAUCUUUGAGAAGAGAAGGUUCAGGAAAUUCCUUAUUUUUACUAAUGAUUUUGAUCCAGAGGACUCCAAGACCUGGCAAGGUGUUGAUCCCAAAAAGACAACCAUGCAAGAGGUGUAUGAUAAAUUUGGUUUGGAUUGCAACACAGCGGACUUCACAGGCCAUUCACUUGCUCUGUACACCAAUGAUGAUUAUAAAUCCCAGCCUUGUGGUCCAACAUUAUUCAAGAUCAAGCUAUACAGUGAAUCUCUGGCACGUUAUGGUACCUCCCCAUACCUCUAUCCUCUAUAUGGACUAGGGGAACUCCCUCAGGGCUUUGCAAGAUUAAGUGCCAUCUACGGUGGCACAUACAUGCUGGAUAAACCUGUUGAGGGUAUCGUGUAUGACGAUAACGGUCAGGUAGCUGGAGUUACUUCUCAGGGAGAAACAGCAAAGACCAAAAUUGUAGUUUCAGAUCCUUCGUAUUUCCCAGAUAAAACCAAAAAAGUAGGACAGGUUGUACGUUGUAUAUGCAUCUUAGACCAUCCCGUUGCUAAUACUAAAGAUGCCGAGUCCCUCCAAAUUAUUAUCCCGCAAAACCAAGUUGGGCGCAAGUCUGAUAUCUAUGUAGCCAUGCUUUCAUCAGCUAACAGUGUUACAGCCAAAGGAUUUUACUUGGCAUUUGUUACCACAACAGUAGAGACCAACAACCCUGAAGCAGAGCUGAAGCCUGGUCUAGAUCUUCUAGGAACAGUACUAGAGAAGUUUAUUGAUGUCGUAGAUCUCAGAGAACCAACUGAUGAUGGCUCCAAAUCGAAGGUAUUCAUUACAAAAUCUUGCGAUGCAACAACUCACUUCGAAACUGCCUGCCAUGACAUAAACGACCUGUACCUACGAAUCACAGGAGAGAAACUGGACUUUUCCAAGGUGCAAACCGAUAUUGAUAGUGCACAGUAAAAGCCUAAUACCCCGCAAAGGGUUGCAGAUCAGAAUAUGAGAAUAUGAAGUGAAUCGUUACUUGAGAUCAUUAUAAUGUGCAAUAUAGAAACAUUUUUACUUAAAAUAAUUUGAAUUCCGAAGACUUGGUUUGUUUUGUAAACGUAUCAAUUGCUAUAAAUAAUUUUGAUUUAAUAAUUCUCUAGCUGAAAACUGUCUUACUAAUACUAUACGUCCUGUAUAAUCCUUCUCAUUUUUCAUACCAUUGUAUUGCUGAAAUUUACCGAAAUGAAUGUAAAACUAGGAAUAAUCGGUUUCUCAGUUUCUCUCUCACAACUGUCAAAAAACCAUCAGUCAAAAGAGGAUGAAUUGUUAGACGUACUGUCAAUUGUAUUAGGUCUGAUGUCUUCUUGUAGGUAACAAUCCUCGCAAUAAAGGGUACUAACUAAA